AUGCCUUUGUAUGCUGACAUUGGCCUGGGGAAGUUUCUUACCAAUGGACUCAGCAGUAUAUUUUGUCAGUCGUGGAUCAUUCUGCUGAUCAGCGAUGGCAGUGUGGUGUUCGCCGAGGCCCUGUGGGAUCAUGUGACCAUGGACGAUCAGGAGCUGGGCUUUAAGGCGGGCGAUGUCAUUGAGGUGGUGGACGCCACAAACAAGGAGUGGUGGUGGGGGCGCAUCCAGGACAGUGAGGGCUGGUUCCCUGCCAGCUUUGUGCGGUUACGAGUGAACCAGGACGAGUCCAUGGAUGAGUUCCUGUUCCAGCUGGGGGAGGGGGACAUGGGCCAAGACCACUCCUCCCAGCUCAGCCUGUGUCUGGGGCCCAGUCUGCCCUGCAAAGAACAGAUGAGGUCCAACGUCAUCAACGAGAUCUUGAGCACAGAGCGAGACUACAUCAAACACCUCAAGGACAUCUGCGAGGGCUACAUAAAGCAGUGCCGUAAGCGCACAGACAUGUUCUCUGAGGAGCAGCUCAGGACCAUUUUUGGGAACAUCGAGGAGAUCUACCGCUUCCAGAGGCACUUCCUCAAAGCCCUGGAGAAGAUGUUCAAUAAAGAUCAGCCCCAUGCCAGUGAGCUGGGAGCCUGCUUCCUCCAGCACCAAACAGAGUUCCAGAUCUACUCAGAAUACUGUAACAACCACCCAAAUGCAUGCCUGCAGCUGUCCCACCUCAUGAAGCUCAACAAGUAUGUGUUCUUCUUCGAGGCUUGCCGUCUGUUGCAGCGCAUGAUUGACAUCUCUCUAGAUGGCUUCCUGCUCACUCCGGUCCAAAAGAUCUGCAAGUACCCUCUGCAGCUGGGGGAGCUGCUCAAGUACACCAACCCUCAGCACAAGGAUUACAGAGACGUUCAGGCUGCGCUGGACGCCAUGAAGAACGUUGCUCGUCUCAUCAAUGAGAAGAAGAGGCGUCUGGAGAACAUCGACAAGAUCGCCCAAUGGCAGAGCUCCAUCGAGGACUGGGAGGGUGAGGACAUAUUGAGCUGCAGCUCUGAGCUCAUCUUCUCUGGAGAACUCACCAAACUGUCCCCUCCUCAGACCAAAGGCCAGCAGAGAAUGUUCUUCCUCUUCGACCACCAGAUGGUUUUCUGUAAGAAGGACCUCCUUCGCAGAGACAUCCUGUACUAUAAGGGCCGGGUGGACAUGGACCAGAUGGAGGUUAUGGACGUGGAAGACGGACGGGACAAGGACUUUAACGUGAACAUGAAAAACGCUCUGAAACUGCGAGCGCGCUCUGGGGACCUGCUCUUCCUGCUGAGUGCCAAGAAACCAGAACAAAAAGCACGCUGGCUCAGGGCCUUCAGCGACGAGAGGAGGAGGGUGACCAGUGACAAAGAGACCGGUUUCACUCUGACCGAGAUCCAGAAGAAGCAGGCCAUGCUGAAUGCCAGUAAGAGCCCUCCCACAGGAAAACCCAAAGUGACCCGGCCGUACUAUGAGUUCCUGGUCCGGCAGAAGCACCCAUCCCUGCCCACAGCCCUGCCCCAGCAGCAAGUCUUCAUGCUGGCCGAGCCCAAGCGCAAGUCUGCCUCCACCUUCUGGCACAACAUUGGGCGUCUCACCCCCUUCAAAAAAGGGCAAGACCCAGGGCAAAGAGUGUGCACGCGGGCGCCUGAUCCGAGUCUGUUUGCCGUCUGGAGGGACACACCAGUGCGCAGCACGCAACCUGGACCAGACGGGAAGAAGCAGGCAAAGUGGGACACCAAAAUGAAACAACAGAAAACCAGCAGAAAGCAAAACACCAGAGGGGUCAGUGCCAAUGACUCUGCAUACAUGUCAGUGCCACUGCAGAGCUCUGAGGACACCACUGAGGUGAGCAACUGCGCACGGUCCCGGCUUGAAAGGCCAAGGGAUGGCGCAUGGAGCAGGCUACCUGCUGGCGUGGCCAGUCCUGCAGCCAUGGGCGUCGGACUGGGGGGGUAA